UGUUCUGAGAGCUUGCUUGGUCUCCGGAAACAGUAUUGGGAGCGUAACGGGCUUGUUUUUACGUUUGUUUCUAAUUCUGCUGCUUUCCAGCUCCGCUUAUCGACCUAACACCGCAGUAUUUACUGUCGACUGAUUAAAAUCUGCACCGCAGUUAGAGCAACGAACCUAAACAGCAGCCGCUCGGAGCUGAAGCAUGCAAGUGUGUGUGUGGAGAUCUGAACACGUCGUGAGUUGUGACACCCUAUUACCCCCUCUUUGUGUUCAGAAGACUGGUCUAAGAACUGUGAAACAGCAGAAAUUUGAAGACAGACUAAGGAAGGUGACAUCUUCAUUCAUCAAAGUUUAGAUAGGAGCUUCAAUCAGCUCCUUCAUGCUCAACCCAUAAUGUGUGACAUUACUGCAGAGUUAGCUUUGGCGGAUGUGAAGGAAGAAGUUUCUUCAGAGCCAUGCCCAGAACCUUUGUUCUUAAUCCUGCCCCCACCGCCACCUUUCUCUCUGUCCCCAGGAGAACUCACCAUGCCCUGGCCAAAAUGGCUUAAAGCUUUUGAACACUACGCUCAAGCAUUCAGUGAAAAAGCAUUUGGUGAGAAAGAUAUGGAGGACUCCAGUAAGCUGGUGCUUUUACGAAGUUUCCUGGGCCAAGAAGGACAGAACGUCUAUUCAACUCUGAUCAGGAAUCAGGCUACAUAUGCGGUUGCUAUUUCAGAGCUCACUGCUCAUUUUGGCUCAGAUUAUGCCACUCAGGCACACCGCCUUAAGUUCCACCAAAGGAUUCAGAUGCCUGGAGAGACUGUAGAUGAGUUUAUUACAGCCCUAAAAAAUCUGCUGAGGCUUUGUCAGUAUGGAAGGUGCAAGAACAAACUUCUAUUAGAUCAGCUGAUUGAGAAAACAAACAAUUUGCAGCUCAGAGAGAAGCUACUGAUGAGGAAAGACCGUCUAACCUUGGCCAAGGCUCUGACUAUUGCUAAAGAGGUAGAACCUUCUUCAAGUGGUUCUCAGCAGUUGGAUUUUAAUGAAGUGAGUGUGGAUAUUGGAGACGAAUUAGAGAUUCCUGUUCAAAUUAAGCGCAAAAGAGGAAGACCUCGGAUUGGGGAAGAAAAGGUUAAAUUUAAGGCACCUGUGGCGGAACCUCAACAAAAGCUCAAAAGAGGAAGGCCUCGACUUGGGGAGAAAAAGGUUACAUUAAAACUUCUUGUGACUGAGCAUCAACAAAAGCGCAAACGAGGAAGACCCCGGCUUGUGGAGAAAAGGGUUACAUCAGAACUACUUGUGACUGAAGCCCAAAGAAAAUCAGACGAAAUCAAAAAGCAUAACUCUCACAGCAAUGAUAUGAUGUGUUACAGUGAUGGUGAAGGUAGAUCCCAGGCUUGUGAUGAACUAGAUAAUGCUAUCACCUCAUCACCUCAGAUGAUGGAAGAUGAAAAAAGCAACCAGUCAAGUUGCUGUGACAAUGUUGAAGACAAUGAUGACAGCAAAGACGAAGACUUCUUCCCUCCUUCAACUAAGGGAAAAGACCUUUGUUGUUCCAUCUGCAUCAACAAGUAUUUCAAAACAGCGGACAAGCUCAACAGACACAUGAGGACACACACUGGUGAGAAACCAUUCAAAUGUCUUCUCUGCAAUCUGACAUUCAGUCAGUCUUACCACAUGACCAGACACAUGAGGAACCAGCAUGCUGCAGGCCCAUAUAUUUGCCCCUCCUGUGGGAUAAGCCUGGAAAGCCUCACAGAGUUAUUGAAACACAAGAAGACGCACAAGCCACAAAUCCUUUACUGCCCUGACUGUAAUGAAAUCUUUUUGAACAAUGAAGAUCUUCGUAAUCAUGUGAAGUCACACAAGAAAGACCUGUCUUCCCAAACAGAGGGAGAAAGCAGUCAACAACAGCCUCAAUGCAUUGAAGUGAAAACUGAAGAAUUAUUUGAUGUUUCUGCUGAAGCUUGUGAAGCUACUGAGAGCCAUUGCCUUACUAAGGGUGUCAACUCAGAAGCUAACUCUGAAAAAGUUGUACUAAAGAAAACUAGAGACAAUUCUUGUCCCAUCUGUGUUGGGAGGCGCUUCAAAGGCCCAAACAAACUUGCUAGACACAUGAGGACCCACACAAAGGAAAAACCUUUCAGUUGCCCCAUCUGCAACAAGACGUUCAGCCAGUCAUAUCACAUGACACGUCAUGUGAGAAUUCAGCAUGGUCUAGGGCAGUACAUCUGCCCUCACUGCGGGAAGAGUUUCACCACCUGGCUAGAACUAAAAAUACACAAAAGAACUCAUGCUCACAUUGAUCUUUUUUGCCUGGCAUGUAAUAAGCAGUUCAAAGAGAAGGGUGCACUGGAAAAGCAUCUUAAACUACACAAAGCAGUUGAGCCCAGUCCUCGAAGCCUCAUCUGUGGUGAUUGCGGCAAAGAAUUUGGCCGCUCGUAUCAUUUGAAGAGGCACAUCAUGUCUCAUCGUAAAGCUGCAAAGUCUGACUUUUACACAUGCCCUGACUGCAAGCAAAUCUUUUACUUCCCUGAAGACCUCAACAAACACCUGGAAGAUCAUGUGAAGGAAAACAGUGGGACGUGUCCCAAAUGCAAUGAGAGGUUUGGCAGUGCAGAGGAACUCGAGACUCACAUGCAGGUUCAUCGGAAGUCUUUUCCUUGUGGUACCUGUGGGAAGAAGUUCAAAGUGGAGUAUGCACUGAAGAAACAUGAGGAGAGUCACCAGCAUGAUCAAUAUUACUGUUCAUUGUGCCAGAAACACUUCAUGAAGCUGUCUCAUUAUAAGAGACACGUGCAGGUCCACGACAGACGAGAAUCCAGAUGUCCACACUGCAAUGAAGUCUUUCUAAAGCUUACAGCUUUCAAAUAUCACCUUCGGACACACACUCUGGAAAGGCCGUACCAGUGCAGUUGCUGCAUUGAGACUUUCGAGCAGGAGGAGGAGUUGGAGCAGCACUGCCUCAAACACAGGAAGUUUAAGAAAGAGAGGCCUUAUUCAUGCACACGCUGUGACCUUGCUUACUCAACUUUGGUGGAAUUGACUGAGCACAUGAUUUCUCAUGAGGGAGAGCAGCCACAGACCUGUCCCUUUUGCGGCAAAACCUUCCUGAACAAGAACAAGCUGGAGCGGCACAUAAGUAUCCAUACUGGCGAGAGGCCCCACCUGUGCUCCAUCUGCGGCAACGGCUUCCCUUCGGCCGCCAGUCUCAAGCUGCACGUCUUUAUUCACACCGGGGAGAAACCCUUCAAGUGUCUGCAGUGCAGCAAGAGCUUCAGCUCCUCCAGUGGGUUGCGUCUCCACAGCAGGCAGCACAUGGAUGAGCGGCCCAGCUAUGAGUGUCCGGAGUGUGGCAGGACGUACGGCCGCCUGACAGAGCUGAAGAUGCACCAGCGCUACCACACCGGGGAUAAACCGUACGCAUGCACCUGCUGUUGCAAACGUUUUAUUAGCAAAGACAAGCUGAACGUUCACAUGAGAACGCACACAGGAGAGAGACCCUUUUCCUGCCCUCACUGUGGGCAAACCUUUACACAAACUGGGGACAGAAACAGACACAUCAGUAAAUAUCACACUAUGAUCUAAUCAGUCUACAAGAUGUUUCCUGUGAAAAUUACAUUAGAAGUUUUGCAUGCUUGUAGGUAUACUUUUAGGACUGUUGUUGGAUUCACUGUCAUAUUAUUUGAGACUGUGCAAGAAUCCAAAUUCUAUUGGAAGCAUGUCUUCAAUAAACGUAGUAUAUGUCCACAGGCAAUCCUAAACACAGGAACUGACGGAUGUAGAGCUUGAUAAUUGAAAGGUGUUCUGCUUUUCUGAAUCAAGAAACUAGUCACUGACUAAGUAGUUCAUCUCAACUUAUUUUAAAAAUCUUUUGUAAUGAAACGGUUUUUCAAUAAAUUUUUAAAAAAACAAUUAAGAUACAAAAAUCCUAACAUAACUGUUGGUAAAUAUUAAAAUAUGGUUAAUGAUCUCUUGUGCUAAUUAAAGCCCAAGGACAAAUUGUUCAGUACAUGAUUUCAAACCUAUUGUAAUUGAGGUUUAUAGGUAAAUUAGAUUCCAUAGAUGUAAUGAGAAAAUGUCUUAUUUCAGGCAUUAGAAUCUUUAUACUUAACUUAGACUUGGA